AAAUCCUCGUGCCUUUCAAUUGACUUUCAUUACCGGAUCACUGUUGGUCCUGUUCUCCCGACCAUUGUACGACAUCUUCUUCGAGACCUCAUUUGCGGCCCCCGAUUCAGUUGUAUUUGAAAAACGUCACAAGUAAUGGAAUCGGUGCGUAAGGCGAAGCAACGUUUGCGCAACUAUCCAAUAUUGUUAGGAAAAUGUGCCGAAUCGGCUACAGUCUAUGCAGCUUGUGUAACGAGGGAUUUGAAUGUUCAACACAAAACCUGUGACAAAGAGUUUCAAUUAUUUAAAGAUUGUUUGAAAUCGGCUGCCAAAGAAAUGAAAACUAAAUUAUAAAUUUGCAAACCAUAAAAAAACGAAAAAAGUGAAUUUUGCCAGUCUGAAAACCAAAGGGGAUCAAUUAAA